GCAAUAGAUAACGAGUUAAAUAAAAGUAGGUGGCAGUAUCCCAGUCAUAGUUACUUACAUACAAGUAUCAUUAAAAAUGGCAUUCAAGUCUGUGGUCUUCUGCAUGUUUGCAGUUUUAGUUCAGCAGUCUCUAGCUGGGCCGUAUUACCUCCCAAAAUCAUCAAGCUGCGGCUGCAGCUCUGGGAAAGUGAUUGUCAAAGGAGUCGAUGUAAUCGAAGAUAUAUGUUAUAAGCCCAUCCAAAGCUACUCAAGCAAUUGCGUGUCUAUCGAUAUCCCGAACAAUGGAGGGGCACUGGCUAUUACCAGCAUUGGCCCCAUCGCACCCUCCGGCAUCGCUGUAGCCACGGACCUGGAUCUUGCAGGAGACCUGGUGCUCUCCGGCGAGCUGCCUUACCUGAGCGCGGUGGCGUUCGAGGGCAAGUUCGACACCAGUGGCGCCGUGCCGGUGGCGUACGGCUGCGGCGACUGCGUUGCCAUCACACAGGAGCUCGGCAACCCGAGCGGCGUCAACGCCAACAUCAACUCUGGCUCGUCCAAGAUCAUCAGCUGCGGUUGCGGCAAAUACUAAAAAAACAUUUGUAUCAUCAUGUCAGCCGAUAGACGUCCACUGCUGGACAUAGGCCUCCCCCAAGGCUCGCCACUCCGACCGAUUCUGUGCCGCUCGCAUCCACCGAAUUCUCGCGACCUUAAUCGCACUUAAACUAUCGUGAGACAUAUUUCAAAAUAUUUAUCAGUACGGUUUUUACUCACUAUUAUUUUUAGUCGCUUUAGUGCCUGAGGAUGGAUUCCCAAAGAAUCCGAAACAUGUCGCCAAAAGCGACUAAAAAUAAUAGUGAGUAAAAACCGUACUGAUAAAUAUCUCGCGACCUUCACCAAAAACAAAAAACAUUUACAAAAAACAUGUAAAAAAACAUUUAUAUAGAAUGUUUUAAUAAAUUGAUAUUUAUAUACGAA